AUGGCGGGAGCAGAGGAGGGUGGGAGCAGAGGAGGGUGGUCAGUCACUGAAACUCUGCGGCUGCCUCCUCCUCCUCCUCCUGCGCUGACUGGAGUUCCUCUGCCGCUGCUUGCUACUCCUCCGUUGAAGUUUGCUCCUUCUCCCUUGUUUGCUCCUCCCCAGCUGCUGUGUGCUCCUCCUCAGCUGCCGGCUGUUCAUAAGACCUACCAGUGUCAAGUUCGUGCACUGCAAGAAAUUUUCGACAAAGAUGAUGUCAUACCUCCUCCUUCCGCCCCAGCACCUGAGAAAGACCCACACCUGAGUAAACCACAGCCAGACAAAAAUAAUCCACCAGGCACCUCAUCCACCCCCAGAGUCAACAACCCUCCAGAUAAUCAAGGGUGCAGCUUGAGGGUUCUUCCCCAACACAAGGCUCGGCUAACUGUUGCUGCCACACCACCCAGAGAAUCAUCAGUGCCUGUAUUGAAUUCAGCUCUCACACCUGAUUCUAUGCCACCAAUUCUCAGUCCUCAGACUUCUCUUGUAGUAGCUGAGGUCCAUAUGGAUGAGGCGGACCCAUCUGGUACUCCUCAUCUUUCCUCCACCAACCAUCCUGGUACUACAAAAAUUUCAGCAAAAUGCCACCAAGGGUCCUCAAGGGUUUCUGGAGGUACACGAUUCUCUGAACAAGAUAUCGAUCAUAGAAUCAUCCAAUUAUUGCCAAGAAAGCGAAACCUCUUUGCUAACUUUAGAACCUACUUCUGA